CGUGCCACAGGAGGGAGCUGAGGCAGGAGGCCCCGCAGCUCCCGCAGCUCCCGCAGCGCGGGGCACAGCCCCGGCACGCGCUUCCCGCGCAACAGCUUCGGCUGCGGGAGGCGCCGCAACCAGCAGGGCCGGCUUCCCCGAGCGCGGGGAAGAUGCGAUGUUUUCCGUCAGGGAGCACGUCGGGGCUUCCUCAUUCUUGGCUUGGGCCAAGCAGCCACAGCAUGGACUGCCGGCUCUCCUGCAGGCACUGAAGUGGCUCGGAAGCACCGCCCAUGAGCCGAGGCACCAGCUCAGGGAUGGAGGUGUCGUUGCCUGGAUCAUCCUUCUUGCCCCUUUUGAAGACGAGGUCCUUUCAGGGACUUCUUCAACAACCAAGCAAAAAAAAUGGAAGCACUGACAUUACAUCUGUAAGAGAAAAAGGUUUAGAGAUAUGGAGCUUGAAAGAAUAAUUCAAGACACACUGACGCACUUCAUCCAGUCCCACAUCCCUGCAGCAGACCUCAGUGGGAUGGAUGAUGUUUUCUUCUCUUAUAUCACGGGUGUCCUGGAAGAGCUAGGCUCACCAGAGCCUUCUGAGGAGACCCUUGACAUGGACACCUUUGUAGAAAUGAUGGAGGCAUAUAUUCCUGGUUUUGCAGAAAUCCCCAGCGGGGAUGUUUGUGAAAUGAUGUUCUCCCUCUCAGAAAGGCUUGGUGAAGCUCGCAACAAAGAAAAAUGUGGCCAAAAGGCUGUGGAAAGCGGGAGUGAAGCACCUUCUGAAGACCUGCUCAAGGGCCAGGAGACUGGAGCCGGAGCCUGCAAUGGGGAGAGGCUGUGCUCUCCAACAGACGGAGCCAGGGCCCAGGAGAAUGAUGACUUGAAGGAUGGGGUAGAGCUGCUACUGGAGAUGUUCCCAGCCUGUACUGUGAGCCAGGCAGAGAAGGCACUUGGCAUGGCAUUGGGGAACUUGGAGGAGGCAGUGCAGUUAAUUGUGGAGGAGAAAGUGGAAAUUGGUCCAGCAGGUGUGAGUGUGAAGGAACUGGCACGGCCCCGCAGAGCACCCAACCACGAGGAACUAAAACAGGUUAUCCUACAAAAAUACAUGAUGGUGGAUAGUGCAGACGACCAGAAAACACAUCGGCCAGCUCCACCCAAAGAGGCUCCCAAGAAGUUGAUACGCUAUAUUGAUAACCAGGUGGUGAGUACAAAGGGAGAGAGGUACAAAGACAUCAAGAAGCCUGAGAGUGAGGAGAUGAAAAGAACCUACAUCAGCCUCAAACCAGCCAGAAAAUACAAGUUCCACUGACAGCCAGGUCAUCCUGCUCUUCAGCCUUCAUCUCACCAUCCAGGCAUAGCUGGACAAACACCUGGCACUAGGGAUGAGGGGACUCCUCCACCUGCCACUAACUGGAACUAACAUGGGAGCCAGCAUACUGCUUCAGCUUCCUCGGCUAACCUGGUUGACAAGGAGGAGCCUGCUCUCCUUGUGUAGCUGUCCCUCUGCCCCCAGGGGCACACCACAGUGGCUCUCUGGGGCCUGGGCAUUCUCCGCUAUUUCUUGCAUGGGACAUUUUUAGAUCUAAGAUGUAGCUUGUGCUUUUACAGCAAGCUUUUUACAAGUCUGUGUGUACUGUUGCUCUAAAUUGAGUGCAAGUGUUAAUAAAGAUGAUGUGAGUUGGUGUGUAGUUCA